UGUUUGUUAAAAGUACAUCAAUAAAAACAGUACUAUAAUGCUGGUAAUCCCAUUACUAAUUCUCAUGGUUUCCGUUACAAUGGGCGAUGCUGAAAUAACCGAGAUAGAUGAAGAAAGUUGCGAAACUCUACAAUCGGAAGUACGUAUCACUAAAGACGAAUAUGAUGAAAUAGGACGUUUAAGAAGAACAUGUAGUGGGGAUGUAUCUGUUACAAAAUGCGAAGGAUUCUGUAACUCGCAGGUACAACCGAGCGUUGUUACUACUACCGGUUUCUCAAAGGAAUGCUACUGUUGCCGUGAGAGUUAUUUGAAGGAAAGAUUCGUUAUCCUAAAUCAGUGUUACGACGCGGAUGGAAUCAAAUUGAUAGGCACGGAUGACGAAAUGAUGGAGAUCAAGAUACGGGAACCAGCCGAAUGUAAAUGUAUGAAGUGCGAGGCAAUCGUUGGAGUGGACGAGUGUCAGGCAACACGGGUAAUACACUUCCUUCAGUACCCAGGUUGUGUCCCAAAGCCAAUUCCAAGUUACGCAUGUAGAGGACGAUGCAGCAGUUAUCUACAGGUAUCUGGCUCGAAGAUGUGGCAAAUGGAGAGGAGCUGCAUGUGCUGUCAGGAGAGUGGCGAAAGAGAGGCUAGUGUCUCCUUGUUCUGUCCACGGGCGAAACCAGGGGAGAAAAAGUUUAGGAAGGUGAUUACCAAAGCACCGUUGGAGUGCAUGUGUAGACCGUGCACCAGCGUGGAAGAGUACGCAAUAAUACCGCAGGAGAUCGCAGGAUUCGCCGAUGAAGGUCCCUUUGCUACGUCCGCACACUUCAGACGAUCCUCCGGUUUGCGGUAAACCAUCUGAAACGAUUGCUUGUCCUAUACGAAAGAUAUAUAAUUUAUUCCCUAUUAUGUGUCAUGAAAACUAAUAAAGAGAAUCUCUAAUAUAA